AUGUGUUCUCUGGCUCUGCCGACGCCGGCACACAAGAGCUUUGCACUUUUCGUGGUCCGCCCGGGGGAUGGAUGCGGGGUCCAUCCGCGACACAGCCUCGGCUUCUUCAGCCUGAUCAACCUCAAUCCAUCCCACAACCGCGCAGCCCCCAUGGCCGGUCCAGAUCCACCGCGCACAAUCGAUCUACCUCCAUUGACACCGACUGUUCUCCGAGCGUGUUCCUUCCAAAACUGGUAUCCGUCACUCUGUCGGCAUUCGUUCCGAUCGACGAUCAUCAAUCUGAACCAAUCGUUCAUCGAUUACCUCCGCGAUUCCUGUCAUGGCCUCCAUUUACCCGAAGAAUUAGCCCCAGGCUCGAGCUACGAGAGCCAGCUGAGUGACUCAGAAGAUGACACUGCAGAAGUUUCGUCACCUGGCUCCUCAUCUUCGAGAUCAUCCAGCCCACCCCCGCGCUAUUCUUUUCCGGAACUGACGAGGACGAUUAGUGAGACGAUUGAACUAUACGGGGGUUCAGUGUUUCCGAAGCUGAAUUGGUCAGCUCCUCAAGACGCAGGCUUUUUGUUAGUUUCGGGCGACGGUCCACUGAGAUGUCGCACCCCGAUGGAUGUGUACAUACUGUUAAAAGGCAGUGAUUGCGUUUUCCACGACCUUGAUCUGCACGACAAGAUCCCUCAAGCUCCGCCCGAGGAUCCCUUGCCCGCCGUGCUAGUUUUACGGGAGUGGUUUAACCUCAACCCAUCCCACGAAUUCCGAUGCUUUGUGCGAGGGCGGAAGUUGAUUGCCAUCUCCGCUAGAUCCUCGACGUUUUAUGACUUCUUGCUUCCUCAGGGAGUAAGAAAAUCAAUUCUUGAAAGAAUUCGCGCAUUUUUUGAGGCAGUGAUCUGUCCUGAAUUCCACCUAUCGGACUUUAUUUUUGAUGUCUACCUAAAGAACCCCACCAAACUCGCUCCACCGUCGUCGACUUCUAAACCAAAUUUAAAAUUGGUCGACAUCAAUCCAUUUGCAACCUACAUUGACCCUUGUUUAUUUUCGUAUGAGGAACUUGAGCAAUGUUGUUCAAACGCGUCUGGUGCAGCUGGCGAGCAGAAACAAUCGACACAGCUGCACCAGACGACACCCUUGCUUAAACUUGUUGAAUCUGAAGAUCCUCAUCAAAACUUUCGAGCUUCCAAGUUUCAAACGUCGAAACUCCCAGCGGAAUUCGUCAACUUUUCUCAAGAUCAAGGCGUCGACCAAUUAUCUGAUGGAUUUAAGAAAAUGCUAGAUGCUGAGAAGCAAUAG